AUGAUAUAGUAUAGACUUGUGGCUGAAGAACUUAAGAUUGAAGAGUUUAACCCGAGGGAUUUGAUAAACAAUAUCCAAGAUGAAGAAACUGAAGAGCUUAUGUCUUAAUCUUCUACUUUUACACUUAUUUAUGCUAGAGAGGAAGUUGACAAAAACAUUUAAUUGACAGACUUUUAAAUUAUGAAUUUGAUUGGAAAAGGAAGUAUUAGUAAUGUGUAUCUAAUUAAGAAGAAAAAUAAUUCAAGACCCUUUGCUAUGAAAUGUAUAUAAAAGGAGCUUGUAAUGGAAGAUGAUAUGUUUGAAAGUACUAAACUAGAGAAAGACCUACUUGUCAGAUUAAACAGUCCAUUCUUCGUUAAUCUACACUAUUCAUUUUAAUCUGAAACUAAAAUUCUUUUUGUUAUGGACUUCGUAAGAGGAGGAGACUUAUUUAUGCAUUUAAUGAAUAUUGAAAAGUUUAAUGAAGAUCAAACUAGAUUCAUAAUUGCUUAAUUAGUUUUAGCUCUCGGAAACUUGCAUAGCUAUAUCUCAUUGGUUGAUUUUGGAAUAUCAAAGUAGUUAGAUUUUAGUACAAGAGAGAGAACUUAUUCUGUCAGAGGCACACCAGAGUAUAUGGCACCUGAUAUGCUCACCUAAGAUGGAUAUUCUUUCCCCGUUGACUGGUGGGCUCUUGGAACAAUAACUUUUGAAAUGCUCGUUGGAACUCCUCCAUUUUAUGAAGAAAGCUAGAGUAUGAUGUUUAAAAAGAUCUUGAAGCAAAAGCUUAAAUUCCCAAAUGAUGUUCCUUUGAGCAAAGAUUGCAGAGAUUUUAUUGAAAAAUUGCUUCACAAAGACCCAGCAAAGAGGCUAGGAAAUAAUGGUUUCUAGGAAGUUAUGAAACAUCCAUUCUUCAAUAAGAUAGAUUUCGCAAAAUUAUAAACUAAAAAACUUGAUGCUCCCUAUAGGCCUAUCCUAAGUGAUGAUACAUUUGAUAUCACCAAUUUUGAAUAAGAACUCACUCAAAGAACGACUUUUGAAGAUGGAAGAUUCUCAAUUACAAAGGCUGAAAUUAUAAAGCAAAAAGCAAGUAUGUUUAGAAAAUUUUGA